AUGGCGAUGGCGUUAGUUCCCGUUCCUAAUCCGCCUCCUGGAGUAGAUUUCGACGCAGAAGCUGAGGAUCGGGAUGAGUUUCAUAUCGACAAGAUGGCGACAGAUUUUACUGAAGCCGAGGAAUCGAUUCGUCAUAACGUGUACCCAGAAAGUGAUGAUGAGGAUGAGGAACAUGUUCGUAGUGGUGCUGCGAGAAGGGGGACUCCCAUCGUUCGUGGUGAUGGUUCAAUGUACAAAGGGCAAAGCUUCUACAAUGGAAUCGCUUUUCAGGAGUGUGUUCUCGACUACGCACUUGUAUCCGGUUGUAACCUGAAGCAAUAUAGGUACGAUAGAGAUAGAAUCGGUUUUAAGUGUGUUGGUGCUAAGGGGAAAUGUAUGUGGAAAUUUUAUGCGGCAUGUCUGCACAAUGAGUCGAUGUGGAGGAUUACAUUGUACACGAAGAAGCAUAUUUGUGUACCUAAUGGAGAGUGUGAAAUGUUUAAGACGCCAGUGAUAGCUAGGUUGUUUCUGGAUAAGAUAAGAGAAGAACCAGAUUAUUACAUGCCUUUGAAGAUGGAGCAGACUAUAAUGGAGAAGUGGAAGAUAUCAGUUACUAGAGGUCAAUGUCAUGCUGCUAGGAGAAAGGCAUUGGGAUGGAUAGAGCUUGAAUAUGACACUCAAUUUGAGCGGCUCAGAGAUUAUGAGGCGAGAUAUUGGAAGCAAAUCAAGAUCAAGGGACAGCUUCUGGUUGCUUUAGGAAGAGAUGCUGACAAUGCUAUCUACGCAAUAGCUUGGUGUGUUGUUCAAGUUGAGAACACAGAUAAUUGGUCAUGGUUUGGGAAUAGGCUGAAGAUCGACUUGGAGUUAGGUGAUGGGGAUGGUUACAUUAUGGUGUCUGAUCGACAAAAGGGUUUGAUUAAAGUUGUUGAGUUAGAGUUACUAAAGAUUGAGCAUCGAAAAUGUGUUAGGCACAUUUAUGGUAAUCUAAAGAAGAUUCAUCCGAAUAAGAAGCGGCUGAAGAAACUACUCUGGGAUCUAGCUUGGUGCUACAAUAGUAAAGACUAUGAAGAGAGUUUGGAGAGGAUACAUGCAUACGACAGUUCCCUAUAUGAAGAUGUUAUGAAGACUAAACCAAAGACUUGGUGUAGGGCGUUCCACAAGAUUGGCAGCUACUAUGAGGAUGUGGAAAACAACUCUGUGGAGUCCUUCACUAGUACAAUCAACAAGGCAAGAGAGAAGCCAUUUGUGGCCAUGCUGGAGGCUGUUCGAAGGCUUGCAAUGGUUCGGAUUGCUAAGCGGUCUGCACUUUCUCAUUCACACGAAGGGAUAUGCACUCCAUAUGUGAAACGUUUCUUGGGUGAAGAGCAUAAGGCAGCUUCUCUGUGCUUUGUACAUCCCAGCACAAAUGGAGCUUAUGAAGUUUACCUGGGAUAUGACAAACACAGAGUCAAUUUGAAUGAAAGGACUUGUACCUGCAUGAAGUUUCAGAUAUGUGGAAUCCCCUGUGAACAUGCUUACGGACUGAUACUCAAGAAGACAUUGGAAGCUGAAGACUACGUGCGUGAAUGGUUCCGAACUUUCAAGUGGAAGGAGAAUUACACGGAGGGGAUUGUUCCACAAAGAGGUCCACGCUAUUGGCCUGGCACUGGUGGUGAAAGUGUGCAUCCACCACCAAGGCCGGAUGAUGAAAAGGUAGACAAGAAGAGGAAGAAAGGUGCUCAUGAGUCACCUACCAAGAAGAAACCAAAACAAAAGAAGAGAAUCAUGCAUUGUGGGAUAUGUGGUGCAGCUGAUCAUAAUUGUAGGUACCACCAGAAGAAGAAGAAUAAGAAGAAUACAACACAGGGUGGAACUCAAGUGGAAUCUACUCAAGGUUUUCUUACUCAAGAGAAGUAA